AUGCUCAGGCAUUACAAUGAAUGCCAGGACCUCAGCCUGGGUGAACCAGAAAGGAUAGACAACACUCCCCUAUUUUUAUGGAUGAUACCAGGAGUAUUUGGAGAAGUCAUGUGCAAAGGUGUGGUAUACAUUGCCUAUGUCACAUUAACAGCGUCCAUCCUCUGCCUGACAGUCAUAGCAUUGGACAGGAGGUUAUGGUUCCAUGGUGCACAUCGAAAUGAGCAUUCGACUGAAAAUCGAGAGCAACAAGAAACCCUAAAGAGAAGAAUAGUUUGGAUGCUGAUUAUUGUUACCUCCACUUUUGCCCUUUGCUGGCUUCCAGCCCAUGUGGUUCACAUGAUAUUUGUCAUGCAAGCAUGGAAUAUUGAGGUGACUCUUCAGCCGAUUGUCAUGUUUGUGUGCUUUUGGUUUGGUCACGCCAACAGCGCCAUCAAUCCGUGGCUGUACAUUUUUCUGAGCACCAAGAUCAAUACCGCAUUUAAAAGUAUGGUGUGUAGAGAAACCCGCCAGUCGCCUCCGAGUAACAGCGUCAUAACAUCAAAUGCUUUCUUACUACCUGAACAAGAAACUGUCAAGGAAGAAUCAAGGCUUUGA